AUGUUAUGGCUGAGCACCGUGGUUGCUUUAUGCGUCGCAUACAUAGCGUGGUCGAUCGUUCGGUUCCAAGCCAACUAUGCUGAAGCAAAAAAGAUAGGCCUUCCCAUCCUCUCUUCUCCGGUCAAUCCCGCCGGCGCCCUAUGGAUGUCAACCAAAGGCUUUCUGAUCCCCAUACUCUCCAAACUCCCCUUUGGUCUAGGAGAAUGGACCCUUCGCGCGGACGUCGGUUGGACUUAUUAUCCGAAAUUUCAGGUCCAUGCCAAAUAUGGCGAAGCAUUUAUCAUUGUCUCGCCGGGAGGCAACGAGAUCAUACUUGCUGAACCCAGUGCAGCGGACGAUGUCACGCGGAGGCGUACCGAUUUCAUCAAGGAUCCUCUGAUGUACGGAAUGCUGGACAUUUAUGGGCCGAACCUCGACACCGUCAAUGGCAAAGUCUGGGACCGCCAUCGUAAGACAACCGUCCCUCCGUUCAGUGAACAAAACAGCGCCUUGGUUUGGCGAGAGGCGGGAGAGCAGGCUGAACAGCUACUCAAUCAUUGGUGCAGCAAAGAUCAAGUUAGAAGCACGCAGCUUGAUGUUUACGCCGUCGCUCUGAACGUCCUGUGUGAAGCGGGUUUCGGUGUACACUCCAAGUUUGUGGACGAAAAACACGCAUCUGACGGCGCAGAGGCCGCCCGACAUCUGGGAUACCGCGAGUGCUUGCGCUUACUACUCGCCAAUGUUGUUCAGCUUGUUAUCCUCAGCGCCAUCCAGAGGUCGGGUUUGCCCAAGUGCUUGUUUUGGGGCAAGAUGCGUGAAAUCGGCAAGGCGCGUGAUGAGUUCAAAGGCUACAUGGGCAAGCUCCUGGCCAAAGAACAGGAAGCAUUUGACCAGGGAGAUUUGGACCGGCACAAUCUGAUGAGUGCGCUGGUCAGGGCUCAGGCAGAAUCUCAGCAGGUGGCGUCAAUCAACAACAAGUCUUCGAGUCUUGCCUCGGCAGGGUUGACCGAGGACGAAGUCUAUGGCAAUCUGUUCAUCUACAGCCUAGCUGGUCAUGACACGACUGCGGGAGCGCUACACUUUGCUAUAGUUCUAUUGGCAGUAAACCCAGAGUGGCAGGACUGGAUUGGCGAGGAGAUCGAUGCAGUUCGCAAGGCUGACCCAUCCGGGCUAUGCUUUUACGAAGAGGUCUUUCCAAAACUCCAAAGAUGUUUGGCAUUAAUAUAUGAGACCGUCCGACUCCACGGUCCUGUGGUGAUGAUGCCCCGGAUCGUAGGCGAAGGCCCACAAAGAAUCAGCCUGAGUGAUCGAGAGCGCGUCCUUCCACCACACACUUCGGUGACCCUCAAUUUUGCAGCCUUGCACACCAAUCCAAAAUACUGGAGCCCUGAUCCCCUCCAAUUCCGCCCCAGCAGGUGGAUUAUACCAGAUGAGAGCGAGGGGAAAGGCACACGAUUCUUCGAGCCGGCCACUGGCUCCUACAUGCCCUGGAACUCUGGGCCGAGAGUUUGUCCCGGCCGAAAAUUCUCGCAGGUCGAAUUUGUACGAGUGGUCUACGGACUCUUCGCUGGUGGCACCCGAGUCCAUUUGGUUCAGGAACCCCGCGAGAGCUUGGAGGGCGCCAGAGAGCGCGCUAUGAAAAUGGUCAAUGAUGCGAAGGUCGAGGUCACGCUGAAGAUGGCGGAUUGUGUCCGGCUAGGCAAAGCAUGUGGAUAUCCCCUGAAGGCUCAAGGCGACCAGUCCAACGACCCGAACUUCCUUCUUCAAAAGAUCCAACAGCUAGAGUAUGAACGGGACCAUCGACUCUCACCUCAAACAGAUCGUUCGACCGGUCUUGCAAGUCCUCUCACCGGUGUACCCUUGACAGAAGGGAUCUUCCCCAGCCCACCAACAGUCGAACGGGUUCAGAUAUUCGCGGAGCUGUUUCUCGAUGCCGAGACCUUCAAGUCUCCAUCUCCCAGUGUCCUGGACCCUGGAAUGCCCAUUCCCAAGCCGAUCCUGGAGAUGCUCGAGGAACCCCACGAAAGGGAGUACAUUCGCGAUCGGUACUUCAACACCGUCCACCAGUGGCUCCCUAUGAUCAGCCGGAAACGGCUGGCACAACGCGUGCCGAACCUCUACCAGAAGCCGGACAUUACUCUAGCGCUGCUACUGAGCUGCAUGAAGCUGGUCACCUACCCGCUCGUGUAUGACCUGCGCCACACGCCACUGUACUACACGGCGAAGCAGUUCUUCCAUGUCGUCCAGGACUCAUGCUUGAUGUCGAUUCACCUGCUGCAAGCCGCGGUUCUCAUUGCGCUCUACGAGAUCGCCCAUGGCGCCUACCCUAUCGGAUACCUCAGUGUGUGCCAUGCGGUGAGGCUGGGCAUGAUGAUGGGCCUGCAUGAUAGGAAGCAUGCCGCGCAGCUGUACGGUCCUUCUGAUACGUGGACGCUACGUGAGGAAGAACGUCGCACGUGGUGGGCUGUCGUGGUCCUUGACCGCUACGUCCAUUCAGGCACAACUGGCCUCCCCCUAGCCGCGCCUGAACCCCCUCAAAUCGACCUCCUCCCAUGCGACGAUUCUAGCUGGGACGCAGGCGACAUUGGCGCCAACGAGCCCGUCUUCGCGCUGAACACGACAGCCAACUCCAAAUACAGCAAAUUCGCCAGCACCUGUCGCGCCUCACACAUCCUCGGGCGCGUGCUCCGCCACCGCGACGAAUGUGACCGGGGCCGAGGACUGGAUUUAUCCUUCCAGCUGUCCGAAGCGGUGCAGCUCCAUCGGGCACUGCUUGCGCUCGAAGCUUCGUUCGACCAAGCAGUGAAUCGAGAUUUGUCGAUCGUGCCGCGCGCGCUGCUCUACACAGCGCGUAUGGUGCUAUAUACGCUCUACGCGUGCAACGAUGCUUACAAUUCCCGAUACCUCGAUGUUGGUAUUAGGCUGGGAGAGGAGACGGACAUGCAGCGUAUCUCUCAAGAUGGAUUAAGAGAGGUCACGGGCUCGGUGCACAGAUUAGCGCUCGAGCUGCAGCGCGCGAUCGCGAGGGAUAUUGAUGCCGUCAGCCCCAUGGUCGCGCAUUGCAUUUUCAUAGCGCUUGGUGAGGCUGCGUGGCAUGUUCGCGAAGGAGCAGGCGCAGGUGGCGACGAGAGCAUGUCGAUGGCAUUGGACACGAUGCUGGAUGUAUUGGAGACUUUGAAUAAGCGGUGGAAGAUUUGCGGUCAGUCUUCGUCUUUCUACAUCAAAGCGAGAGAUUCCCAGGUGCUAAUGUUCCCAUUUCCACCUAUAGCCAGGUAUCUUAAGAUCCUUGAGAAAGAGGAAGGCAUAGUUCCAAAGAACAUGCCCAGCCAACGAGGCUCACUUGGUCCGAACUGCGACAGGGAGGACAUCACCCGGCUAGGAUCUUAG